UUUAUUUUAUCACACCUCAUAGUGGAUAUAAAACCACUGCUGGAACGCGCCGACGUCCGCGCUCCUAUUGGCUGUCCGCAGCGUCGCUCAGAGGAAUGACGAUUUUGCUGCUAUAACCAGCUGAUGCUGAGGCUAUGAACACGGAGCCUCUGAAGAACUGUUGACGGUACAUGGAUACUCCGUCAUCGGCGUUAUGCCUGCGGAUUCGGUCUCAUCUCCAUCCAGAGAUUAAGUGAGUAGGAUAUCUGAUCGUGUCACGACGCGCAGGCCGUUUCCUUCCCCCCUGUCAGUCCACAUGAUGUUUCUUCGUCUUCCCGCAUCAUCAUUUUCAUGGGCAUGAUGCUCUGUGCUUCACAGAUUGAGCUUUCUCACCUCACACAGGCGACACAUCACAUCUGCAGGUACGAUCGUGUGGAGAUUUGGAUAGAAGUACGAGACAUGCAACCUGAAGAUAUGGAAUAAAGGGAGACAACUUGAGUCAGAUCCAUAAUAAAAGAAAGUGACAUUUAAAAAAAAUCCUGCAAGGCUGGAAGAGAACUGUAGAGUGAGGAGGAGAGAGGCUGAAGAAGGAGAAGAAGAAGGAGAAGAGGAGUGAAGAUGGGGUGCGGUCAGACACUUGCCACAUUUCUCCUGGACUCUACAGUUCACUCCGCCAGCCGCCGGUCAAAGCAGGAGCCUCCUCACUAAAACCCGAGCAGCUCAUUUCACCUGCUGGAGGAGCCCCCACCCUCGGUGAUGUGAUGAAUAAGUUUGAAGUCCUUGGCAUUGUGGGAGAAGGAGCAUAUGGAGUGGUGCUUAAGUGCAGGCAUAAGGAAACAAAUGAGCUGGUGGCCAUUAAGAAGUUCAAAGACAGCGAAGAAAAUGAGGAGGUCAAGGAGACGACUCUUCGGGAGCUGAAGAUGCUUCGGACACUGAAGCAGGACAACAUCGUCGAGCUGAAGGAGGCUUUUCGCAGGAGGGGGAAACUCUACCUUGUCUUUGAAUAUGUUGAGAGGAACAUGCUGGAACUAUUGGAGGAACUGCCCAACGGUGCACCACCUGAUAAAGUCCGCAGCUACAUCUACCAGCUCAUCAAAGCCAUCAACUGGUGUCACAAGAAUGAGAUAGUACACAGAGAUAUCAAACCUGAGAACCUCCUCAUCAGCUCUGAGGAUGUUCUCAAACUGUGUGACUUUGGCUUUGCACGUAACCUGUCUGAGGGAACAGAUGCCAACUACACCGAGUAUGUGGCCACAAGGUGGUACCGCUCGCCUGAGCUGCUGCUGGGGGCUCCCUAUGGAAAAGCAGUGGAUAUGUGGUCUGUGGGGUGUAUCCUCGGGGAGCUGAGCGAUGGACAGCCCUUGUUUCCAGGGGAAAGUGAGAUUGAUCAGCUCUUCACCAUUCAGAAGGUUUUGGGUCCUCUCCCUGCAGAACAGAUGAAACUCUUCUACAACAACCCUCGAUUUCAUGGAAUCAGAUUUCCUUCAGUUACUCAUCCUCAGACUUUGGAGAGAAGGUACCAGGGAAUCUUGACUGGUUUGAUGUUGGAUCUGAUGAAGAAUCUGUUGCUGCUAAACCCCACCGAGCGUUUUUUGACGGAGCAAAGUUUGAACCAUCCAGCCUUUCAGCCUCUGAGGCAGGCAGAGAGAGAGAGGCCUCCUCCUGCUUCUCCCAACCCACCUCGCUCCUCCAAGAGGAAAACACACCAUCACGGAGAGAACACAGUCCCUACAAGGAGUCACAGUAAGAGCACGAGCCGCCGCUCCAACAGUAAAGAGUGUUCCAGCCUCCCUCGCCAUGGGGACCUCCAUCAUCUCGGCAAUGAAAGUUUCCUCAAUGGUAACAAACCGGCCCCGUCCAGUUUAAGUCCUACACUCCACCCUAAGGGUCAGUACAUGUCCCAGACCCUCAAUCGCUCUGCCUCAUCCAGCAAAGACCUGGCUAACAACAACCUGCCACACCUCCUAAGUCCCAAAGAAGCCAAAGGCAAGACAGAGUUUGAUUUCAGCUUGGGACCCUCCCCAAAGCUGCCAGACCAGGGGCACGGAGCAAAGUAUGGCCACAGCAAACCCAGCUCCUCUCGCUCUCAGCAGCAGCAGCAGCAGCAGCAGCAGCAGCAGGCCAGCCGCCACACCUUCCUGGAAGGCAAGACCAACACACUGCAGUCCGGGGCAGAGAAACAACAUGGCCGACAUGCCCACAGUAUGGCCGACUCCGCCCACGGAUCCAUGUCCUCCUCUUCUAAGAGUUCAGCCUCUUAUCUGAGCCUGUCCAAGAGCCACAGCGCGUUAAGCGAUGCCAAAUCUGUAGGGAACCUCAGCGAUGGUCGACUCCACCCAGAUGACCCAAACUCCAACACAACAGCAGGGGUGGGACCCAGUGCCCGCUUCUUCCCCGCUAGCUGUUUAGACCUCAAUGCCCCUUCAGGUCCCCCGGGGCCGCCUGGCAGUCCCUCUGCCCGACACAGCGAUCGAUCUGGGCACAGCCCCGCCUCUCGUAGCAGCGGCAAUGUCCGCAUGGAGAGCAGCACACUGGACUCUUCAUCCAGGCACAAGUCCAGACAUAAACCUUUAGCACCAGAGGAUGCCGGUGCUCCGGAGCUCUUAGACCCAGGAGGAGCAGGGAUGCCCUCCACUCACACACUGCCUUCCCCACACGAGUCUUAUCAUUACGGCCUGGGUUAUACCUCCCCGUUCUCCUCACAGCAACGGCCUCAACGCCACUCCAUGUACGUGAGGAGGGAGCGCCACCGACCACACGGGGUUGAGGGCGGGAUGGCUGGGUUGCCCGCACCAGGGCAGGCGAUACCGACGCGAGCCAGUAGCCUGCAGCUCCUCUCCCCCCAGCUGCAGCACCGGACCACCCUCACUGGACACUCAGUGAGCUCUUCGAGAGAGGACUGCACUGAUGACAUGACAAGGAGUGAGCAGUCCCCUAAAGACAUGAGCCACCCUUGUGCCCCCAUCAAAGACUCUGCGAGGGACAACACUGCUGCUUUUCAUACACAGCGCUCUAAAAACGAGGUCGGUAUGUAUCAUGACCCUCAUGGCGAGGAUGGAAGUUCCUCCAAGGAGAACCGGAUGAUCUUCACUGAGUCCAUGCCACGGAGAGUAGGCAGCUUCUACCGAGUCCCAUCCCCCAGACCAGAUAACUCCUCCUCUUUCCAUGAAGGUGUCGGGCAGGGUCGAGGGCCGGUCGUACCCGUCGUACCAGGGGACCCUGUUGCCAUGGCCAACCACUCCAAACGCCAGACCGCUUUUGACUGGACUGCUGCAGAAGCGAUGGUCAUGAAUCCUCCAGAGCCCACCAAAGAGAAGGAAAAACAAGGCUUCUUCAGAGCCAUUAAAAAGAAAAAGAAGAAGACACAAAUAACAGACAUGGAGGACGGGAGGAACCCCAGCAUCAAGAAAAGUCUUUUCCCCCUCUUUAGCUCUAAGAAUAGCUUAAAGCACAACUCAGCUGUCAAAGUCCUACCUGUAGUCGCCUCGCCCAUGGUACAACACCAGCCUACUGUGCCCUACCCUGCCUCACCAGUUACCGGCAUCGGGCAAGAACACCUGUCCCUGCAGAGGAGCUCCAAGUCCUCCUCUCACCACAGCAGCCGGCGGAAAAACCGUGAGCGAUCCCGAGACAGAGACCGGGAGCGAGAACAGAGCCGGGACCGAGAUAGAGACAGAGACAGAGAGAGAGAGCGGGAGAGAGAGCGGGAGAGAGAACGGGAGAGAGAACGGGAGAGGGAGAGGGGCAGGGAGAGAGAGAGAGUCAAUGACUGGCCUCCAGAAAAACCAGUGGACUCACACUCUCAGAGUCAACCACUCAAGUCACUUCGCAGGCUCCUUCACCUCUCCCCUUCUUCCUCAAAUCAAGGACAGCCUCCUCCUCCUCCCCCAGACCUGCGCUUCCAAGCCCCCCACCCCAACCCCCCUCAGCCCUCCUCCAAAGCGGGAUAUCCCGAGGGUCGAGGGCACACAGAGAGCAGGGGGCACUCCGGGGUGAGCAGCACCGCCCAGGCCAAGAGCCGCAAGGCCAGCUACCCCCUGCCCGGACAGAUAGAGUCCAGCUGGCACGUGUCUGCUUUGCAGCGGGCAGAGGGCGCUCAGUUCACCCCAGAGCAGCUGGGCAUCAAACCAGGGCAGAACGGACCCACGUUUACCCGAGCAUCCCGCGCCAGGAUGCCAAACCUCAACGACCUGAAGGAGACUGCGCUUUAAACAACCCUCUCUCUCUCUCUCUCCCCAAAACACACCACCUCCAACAUGGCUCCAUCCUGAAAGCAUCUGCCAGACGCAGACAUCAUGGUACUGUAGUAAAAGUUUACAAGAAAGCCUAUUUCACUGGAUCAAGUCCUCAUUCAGAAAUGUAGUUAUCUGUUGAUGCUCAUGUCUCUGAAAUCUACAAAGACUGGUCGCUGACAGGCCAAACACUAACACCAGUAACAGUGUCAUUUAGGGAAUCAAAGACAGGAAAGGGCCCGCUCCCUCUCGGGAUGCUGGCACUGUAUCAGUUGUACGUUACUCUCUCUCUCUACUUAACAAAGUUAGAACAUCAGAAUAAGCUGAUCUUUCCUGACAAGAAGACACUGCCCACGUGGCCCCUUUGCUGCCAUCUUCUGCUCACAGGACACUACUACAACACAUCUGACAGCCACUGUCACACCGUGGCCAAUAAACUCAAAUGUUUUUCAAGGUCCGAUAUUUGAUAAGAACAACAACAAAAAAAAGAUUUAUAUCAACAUUAUUUAUUAAAUAUUUAUUUGUUUUAAAUUCAAGGAUAUAAGCUAUAAAUGACACAGUAUGUAGGCUAUAUGGGAAUAUUAUAAGGUAAUAUAGAAUUAAAUGUGUAAUUGCAAGAGCUUUAGUUUCGACACAAAGAAAUGCAUAGAUAUUUAUGUGUUGAUAAUACAAUAUGUCACAAGGAAUAUUUAAUAAUGGUGAAUGUCUUUUUUUGUUUGAUUUGAUAUGUUAUUAACAGAUGAUUUUCACAUUAUAUCAUGUUAUUUUUACCUUUUUUCUGUUUGUUUCAUCAAAAUGUAAAGAAAUAUUGAUGAAUACUAAAACUUUUUGCCCAAAGUGGGAAAAAAAAGACAUCUAGUACAAGUCUGCCCAUCACCCUCAUGACAUCAGUUUUGAAGUUUUGUGACAAGUCGGGCUAUUUGUCAACAGGGUUUGGUAGCAGAAUAGCCAGAGUGAGACUGUUAGACUCUGUGCUUUACAUACAGUAACUGUCAGUUCACUUUAUGUCCCACUCUUGGCGUCAUCCUUUUAAAACAAGCCCCAUUUUCAGCCCUUCAGUUCUUUUUAUCAGUGACAACAGCUUUCCAGCUCCGUGCUGCCAUGUUGGUUUUGUCUACAGCCUUAACAGUGAGUAAUCACCACACAGCCCUGGUGAGAAGUUAGCCUCUGAUACAACUUACGACAAGUGUUUUAAGAUAGUAGGAGAGCACUCUGCAAAAAAAGCAUACCUCACCCACAACCUUUAAGAUCUUAAAGGAUAAGUCUGGUUAAAUUCUUUAUUUUUUUAUUGUGACCAAGUCCAUAAGAAAUGUAAUACCAACUGCGAAUCAGGCUCAGAACAAGUAUUGUCUGCAGUGUAGCUCAUCGAUCUGUGCCAUAGACCUCCACAGUCAUCCAAAAACGUUUAACAGCACAUCAGUGAGUUCAUUUUGAGUCACUCCUACACCUCUGCUGUCGUAAAUACUCCACCAGAGCGCUAUAUCUGCAGCUGAAAAUAGUCUCCACCAAAUACUAUAUUUAACGUUUGCUAAACACCACAGAGGCCACCUGUUUCGGAAAUGUAUUUAGAAUUUUUUAUGACGUUAUCACUACACAUGGUGAAAUGCAUCAAAAGUUACCUGUCUUUUUAAGAUUUAUGUCUUCAGUAAAAACUGAUUAGGCUUGGGGCUGAGAGCCACAGAAAGGCUUGGGAAGUGGAGGUGGUGGAAAAAAUACUCAGAUUCAAAUUACAAAUACAAAUACAAAUACAAUACAACAAUCUAGAAAUAACAUGACAAGUGAAAAGUUUCAAAGUUUAAAGUAAAAGUACUCAUUCUGCAGACAAAUGAGUUUAAUGACUGAUAUUUCCUUACACAUUGAAUUAUUUGAUUAUUAAUUCUGUUAAUUCUGUUAAGUUUGCCCCUCUCCACAAGGUCAAAUAUGUGUUUGGUUAACCAUAAAUCUGAGGGGUAAUAAGAUGAUUAAAGGGAUAGAAGAUCUUGCUUUGAGGUGAAUACAAUUUUAGGUCUUUUGGCUUCAGUCAUUUGAAUAAAACAGUCUGAGAUGUUCUGAUUCAGUCUUUGACAAUGGAUUGUAUUUUAUAAGCUCAUCAUAUUAUUUUAAGUUAUUUGAACUAGUAACUCUUGCUGAUAAAUAAAUGUAGUAGAGUAGAAGUAUAAUAUCAUGCAAAAUACUCAUAUAAAGUACAAGUACCUCAAAGUUGUACUUAAGUACCAUACUUAAGUAAAAAAAAUUUAAAAUUACUUCCACCACUGGUUAGUUUUGGUCUUUACAUGGGACUUUUUGACAAUAAGAAAGAUAUGACAUAAUACCAGACUUAUCCUUUAAUGUUUGUUUACAUUUUCUCUGUGCAUUUUAAAAGCUUGUGUUAUCAAAGUUUUUGUAAAUGCCUUUUGUAAAUCUGAAUUUGGUUUUGCAUUACAGCUGUUCUUUUCAACAUCAAAAGUCAUGAUCAGGGAUGAUUUUACUUAACUCAGUUGUUCAUAAAAGCAUUUACUUGUUGUCUACUGACCUGUGGAUGAUAAAAAAAAAAAAACUGAGUUCUGUAGAAAAAAAAAACACUAUUUGUGGCCUAGGCAAAGUAUACAACAUAAUUUUUCUUCCAAUCUUACCUUAUUCCUCCUUCCGCCUUUGUGAUUUGAAAGCAUAAAGCAAAGAAGAAAAGCUUUUACAUCACAGAAGGAGGGAAUGAAGGAAAGGAAGGAUGGAUGCAUUUGUGCAAAAAAUUUAAAAACAUCUUGUGGACUAAGGAGAGAAUUUGGUUUGGAGAAUUUCACGUUUUGCUCUUCAUCUGUCGAAAGGAGGGGAAAAAAACUAACAAAAAACAAAUGAACCAAUUGACUACAUGGCUGAUUGAAAGCAAUAACAUUCAGAAGGAGACUCAGACUGAUGCAGAUUGUACUAGCCAAAUCAGUGGCUAGUUAAAAUGGAGCCAAAUAUAGCACAGAGAAGGAUUUCCAGCAGGAGUCUGUGAUUAAAGCAAGAGAAGUGUCCACAUACAAUAUCAAGACAUCGCUCUGCAAUAUUUUUUUUAUUUUCAGUUUGUCCUUGAACGUGACCCAGGACAGGUAAAACUGCCCCAUGUUGUGUAUUAUGGAAAAUCCUGAUUGCUAAUGAUUGUAAAUGACUGCUGAUGUGGGUUUGUUUAUAAUGUUAAUGGGACAGAGUGAUGACAAAGCUUGCCUUGCCAGUGACCUGAAGCCUUACAUUAGCUUACUGACUCAAGACUCCAGAUGGAAAUGGAGGCUUCAAUCCCCAGCAAGUCACAUAUACUGAGAACUGAGAUGAGAAAAAGAUUUUUUUGUUCACAAAUAUGAAUGUGUUUCGUAAAACAUCAGUUCUUUUUUUCAUUAAGCUGUUUCCCACUUCUUACAGGGUGUAAAUAGAAAUAAUAGAGUGUAUCUAUACUGACCAUUCUACUUUAAAAAUGAUAGGGUCUCAUAAUAAAAGCCAACUGUACAUUUUUGAA